AUGUCCGAUCAAGACGAUCAUCCAAACGAAUACAACAAAUUGCGAAGUACCUAUAAAUAUUAUAUCGAUAUAUUUAAUGCGUUAUAUCGGUUGAGAAACGAAAAAGAAGAAGAAUUAAACUCGAUUUACAAAAUUAUCAAGACAGAAUUGAUUGAUUCCAAUAAAUAUCCUCCCAAAGAUAUAGUAAAAGACAUUUUAAAUCUCAUUCCGUAUAAUAAUCGCUAUACAAAGUCAUAUUUAUAUCUUGCCAAACUCAUUUCUGAUGAAUAUCAAGUCAAAGAGGUCAACCGCGUCCUACUUAUUUCAAACUUCCUGUUUUAUAAAGAAUAUGGAAUUAACUAG